AUGUAUUCUUCGAAAACCGAACUAGUUGAUCCAGACGAAGAGCAUACUAUUGAGACACUCAGUGUCACAAGCACCGAGACCAAUGACGCCGACAUCAACAUCCAACCUGUUCAUAUUUCUACCACGGAAGGCGGUUUGAGCGAACCACAGACUCUGAUGAGUUUCAUCAGAAGUAAUAUUGGCACCGGAAUGCUAUCCAUGCCGGUGAUUUUGAGGUACUGUGGACUUUGGACGGGUUUGUCUGUGAUUUUCAUCGCAGGUUUUAUCUCCACCUACCUCAUGAACGUACUGGUCCGUACCUCUGCGUCUGUUUGUCAGCGCCAUCAGCUGGAACGUUCAAAAAUGGAUUACACUGACACUGUUUUCUAUGUGUUCAAAUAUGGACCAGAAUCCUUAAGAAAAUCCAAGGGUAAAAUGAAGCACACAGUCAACGUUUUCCUGCUGAUCACUCAAAUCGGAUCUUUAUGCGUGUACACACUCUUUUUGACGGAAAACAUCCGAUACUUUGUGGGCGCUUUUGCUCCUAACUUGGCUCUAAAUUUCUACCUUGUCGGUUUCAUCGUCGCAGCUAUCUUGGUACCGAUGUGCCUAUGCGAAAACAUGCGGGCUCUCGCGCUGCUCUCUGUGGUAGCGAACGUGGCCACUCUGUUUGGAACCAUACUGAUUUUCGCCUACCUAUUCACCUCUGGCCUCCGUCCAUAUACCUCUUUCGAUGCGUACACAAAUGUAAAAGACACACUUAUUGGUUUCUGCAUCGCAAUGAGCGCAUUGGAAGGUAUUGGUCUGAUACGGUACAUAACAACACUUGACAGCGCUUCACUAAGCGAACUUUUAAGACCUAGCCACUCCACUCUCGAACAGUGA